AACCCCUGGCACUCCUUGAUAUCCUCAUGGAGAUCAUUCCAACCCCUGGCACUCCUUGUUGUCCCUAUGGACACCAUUCCAACCCCUGGCACUCCUUGUUGUCCCCAUGGACACCAUUCCAACCCCUGGCACUCCUUGUUGUCCCCAUGGACACCAUUCCAACCCUUCCAACCCCUGGUACUCCUUCUUGUCCCCACAGAGACAAUUCCAACCCCUGUCACCUCUUGUUGUCCCCAUGGAGACGAUUCCCAGCAAUCAGUGGGAUCCCCGUUUUCCUUGUCCCUCCCAAGGCUGAGAGCUCUCAGGGCCUGUCAUUCCCGAGGGUCCCAUACAUCCAAAUCCCAGCAGGGAUCCAGGGAUGACCUGGAAGUGUCCGUGUGACCUCCUGGGCGGUCAUUCCUUGGAUCCUGGAGAGGUCUGGAUGUGUUCCACCUUCUCCUCUGGUGUCCCCAGGUACAAGCACAAUAAAACCGGGAGCAUCCUGAUCAACAGCCUCUGCUUAUCCAACGGAGGGAUUUUUCUGGAAACAUACCACCCCAGGUUCAUCCAGAAGCUCCUCCAGGACGGGGGUUUGCUGUCCCCCCUCCUCCUGCGCCUGAUGAACUUCUUCUUCUUCUCCAGAGGGCUUGGAGCAGUUUUUGGGCCCCACACACAACCCUCCCAGGCGGAAUUCUGGGAUAUGUGGACGGCGGUGCGGAAUAACGACGGGAAUCUCGUUAUGGACAGUGUUUUGCAGUACAUCAACGAGAGGAAGCAGCACAGUGACCGCUGGGUCAGGGCUCUGGUGUCCACCUCUGUCCCACUGCAUCUCAUCUACGGCCCCCUGGACCCCGUGAAUCCACACCCGGAGUUUCUCCAGCUUUACAGGAAGCUGCUUCCCAUGUCCACAGUGUCCGUGCUGGAUGACCACAUCAGCCACUAUCCCCAGCUGGAGGAUCCCACGGGAUUCCUGAACUCAUACCUCAACUUCAUCAACUCCUUCUGAGCUGCUGCCGCUCCAGUUCUGGCUCUUUGCUUCCCAGUCAGGCUUUGGGGGGCAGGAAAAAGCCUUGGCUUUACCUCCCAGAGCCAACACUUUGAACUCAGGGCUGCACUCGGGCAGUUAAAUCCUUUGGAACACCGGGAAAACAUCAGGGAGGUGUGGGAAAAGCAAAGAGUUCCGGCAUGCCAACAGCUCUCCCACCCUCUGGACCGGCCUAACUCUGGAUUUAGAGGUGAACUCGGCAUUAAAUCAGUGUUUCUUCCUUCCUUCCUCACCCUGGCUUGGUAAAGAAACACUAGCUCAGCAGCAGAGAGGUCCCUCUGUCCCCUCCCCUUCCCAGUUUUUGCUAUGGGAUGUUUCCCAUUCCAGCCCAGUACAGGCUGCACCGGUGUUGGCAAUUACCUGACAUAAAUCUGCCUCAGGAGAUGAAGUUCCAUCUCUUUUGCACAUGGAUUUUCCCACCAGGAAGAACCACGAAGGCACCAUCAACCUGCAGGUUUCCCUGUGGUUUUUUUACCAGCCUGUGUUGGGAAUUUAAUUUGGGAAUAAGGGGCUUUUUUUUUGUUGAACAAAACGGGCUGGGUUUGUUUUUUUUUCUUUUCCUGCGCUGAAAACCGGGCAGAACCAGAACAAGAAAUUUCUAUUUUAUUAACAGCGAUUCGUAGGAACCCCGCCGCUCGAACCAGGGUUUAUUUUCUGGUAAUAAAAACCGAUUUUGGA